CGAAGCUAAGCGGUACUUAGGCGAAACUGAAUUAGUGACUGGAACAUUCUGAUUGGAAAUCAGUGAUACGACGCAAUGACACGCUUGGGGCGGGCAUUUCUAGUGCUGUUUGUUUGGCUAUUCGCUGACAGCUGGGCACAGUCGCCGGGUCGUCGCACCAGGUAUGAGCCCAAUUGGGAUAGCUUAGAUCAGAGACCGUUGCCUAGGUGGUACGAUGAGGCAAAGGUGGGCAUAUUUCUGCAUUACGGCGUCUACUCUGUGCCGAGCUUUGGCUCUGAAUGGUUCUGGACCAACUGGAUAAAUCUACGCAAUCCGGACUAUAUACGCUUCAUGCAGCGUAAUUAUAAGCCCGAUUUCACCUAUCAGCAGUUCGCAGAUCAAUUCACAGCGGAGCUCUUCAAUGCAACGCAGUGGGCGUUGCUCUUCAAAGACAGCGGAGCAAAAUAUGUUGUGCUCACCAGCAAACAUCACGAUGGCUACACUCUGUGGCCGUCUAAGCACAGCUUCGGCUGGAACUCGGUCGAUGUGGGACCCAAACGGGAUAUUAUCAAGGAGCUGGCGGCUGCUGUGCGCAGCGUCUCGGAUCUGAAGUUCGGGCUGUACUACUCGCUCUUCGAGUGGUUCAAUCGACUGUGGAUCGAUGACAAGUUGCACCUGCUGCUGCAGCAGCACUACGUGGACUACAAGGUGCGCCCGGAGCAGAUGGAGCUUGUGCAGGAGUAUUUGCCGGAGAUCCUUUGGUCAGACGGCGACUGGGAGGCGCCAGCCAAAUACUGGAAAUCGGAGGAGUUCAUCGCUUGGCUCUACAACGACAGUCCAGUUAGGGAGACGAUUGUCACGAAUGAUCGCUGGGGCUUCGGCACUGCCUGCAUGCAUGGCGACUUCUACAACUGCGCCGAUCGCUUCAAUCCAGGUGUGCUGCAGCGACACAAGUGGGAGAACGCCUUCACCUUGGAUCGCACCAGCUGGGGACAGCGUUUCGAUGUGACCUUGGCGGACUUCAUGAGCUCCAAGGAUGUCAUCAAGGAAAUCGUCACGACGGUCAGCUGCAAUGGCAAUGUCUUGAUCAAUGUGGGACCCACGAAGUAUGGCACGAUCCUGCCCAUCUUCGAGGAGCGUCUGCGAGACAUGGGCCGCUGGCUGCGCAUCAAUGGCGAGGCCAUCUAUGGCAGUUCGCCGUGGAUCUAUCAGAAUGAUACGCUAACGCCGCAUGUGUGGUACACCCAGGGCAAGGAGUCGAAUACAGCCAAGGCCGUCAUCUAUGCAAUUGUGCUCGAAUAUCCUUUCGAUACAAACGAACUGGAGAUCUAUCCACUGGGCAAGGACAUCAACGUCUUUCGCAAUAUCUUGCUCACUGGACUGGACUUUGGCGUGGACAGCGAUGUCUUAAAUAGACAAACCACGCAAAUAUCGCUGCUGGGCAUGGAGGAUACCGAAUUAACCUGGACCGCAAGUCACAAUAAAGUGCACAUAGUGUUUCCACCCAAGCAUCAUAUUGAUAAGCGUGGACUAGAAUAUGCAUGGACUUUUAAAAUAACCAUAGUUUAA